AUGUGCACCAGAGCCCCUCCUACUUCCAUCGACCAGACCGUCUCCGACUUCGAUGGCGUUACCUUUCAUAUCUCGACUCCCGAAACAAAGACUAAAAUUCUCCUUUCUAUCCAAAUAAGAUGUUUCCAGGAUCUAGUUCAAUAUGGCGCGGAGCAGGUUCUUCAGCGAGAAUAUGGUCAAUAUGUCGCACCAGUGGAGCCUGGUUACGACUUCUCUGUGCUCAUUGACCUCGAGAAUCUACCGGAGGAGAAAGAGGAGCGCGAUGCGCUUGCAAUGAAAUUUGCUCUUCUAAAGCGAAAUGCGAUGGCAGCUCCUUUUGAGCAAGCUUACCAGGAGCAUUACGAGCUGAAAGAACAGGCAUCAAAAUUCACUUCCGAAGAGGCCCCUCAAGGUGUUCGAGAAGGUGGCCAGGUAAAGGCGAUCCGCUACCGAGAAGAAGAAGCGAUCUACGUGAAGGCUAGCCACGAUAGAGUGACCGUCAUCUUCAGCACGGUCUUUCGAGAGGAAACAGACAGGGUAUUUGGCAAGGUGUUCAUUCAGGAAUUUGUCGAUGCUCGAAGGAGGGCUAUUCAGAAUGCUCCGCAAGUCUUGUUCCGAAAUGAUCCGCCUCUGGAACUGCAGGGAGUUCCUGGUGUACAGAACACUGGCACCGGAGAGAUUGGCUAUGUCACAUUUGUACUUUUCCCAAGACACUUGACCCCCCAAAGGAUGCCAAUUGUCAUUUCGCACAUCCAGACUUUCCGAGAUUAUUUCCACUAUCACAUCAAAGCAUCCAAGGCCUAUAUUCACUCACGUAUGCGAAAGCGAACGGCAGACUUCCUUCAAGUGCUGCGUCGUGCACGUCCCGACAGCGAGGAAAAAGAGAGGAAGACUGCAAGUGGACGAUCAUUCAAGGUCCAAGGAAGCUAA